CUCCUCCUCUCACAUCAUCCAGCAGCAUCCAUCUCUCCGGAUGUCCACAGCCGUCUGAUCACCGCCUGGUCGCGGCAUCAGCAGCAGGGAGUGACGGAGACAAUAGCGCUGAGAGGAGGAAAAAAAUGGAAAUAAAUAACUACCAAGUGAGAAUAAUGCCGAGUGGAGGGGUUGUGAAGACAUGAGCACAUCCAACAGAUUUCGAUGGAGUCCUCUUUCAACGCCGUAGAGCUCCGGGAGCUGCGGGGCGGUAGAGGCGUUUCUCCGACGCCGGUCACAGCGCCCUGGACAGCGGCCACAGCGGGGAGCGCCGCCCGGGGCUUUGAGAACGCCUCCUACCAGCAGGACGAGGAGCAAAACCAGCAGCAGCAGCAAGCAGGAGUGACGAGCUGUCCUCCUUCAACUUCAGGCAACAGCAAGCAGCAUCAGGAGCUCUCCCCGCGGUCGUACGAUGAGGAGGAAGGAGGAGGAGGAGGAGGAGGAGGAGGCCAGGAGGACGGCCAGGACUUCACCGAGUUCAACCCUGCUGACGACCACUCGGCAGAUUAUGGCUUCAUCUUCGCUCUGGUGUUCCUGGUGAGCGGGAUCGUCCUGGUGGUCAUCGCCUACACCAUCCCCAGAGAGGCCAAAGUUGACCCGGACUCCGUGUCGGCCCGCCAGAUGGAGAAGCUGGAGAUGUACUACGCCCAGCUGGGCUCCCACCUGGACAAGUGCAUCAUCGCAGGCCUGGGCUUGCUGACUCUGGGUGGGAUGUUUCUGUCUGUGCUGCUCAUGGUGUCCAUCUGUCGGGGAGAAAUGUAUCGGCGCAGGGCGGCGUUUGUACGUCCCAAGAGGACUUACGGCUCCAUCAACUUGAGGAUGAAGCAGCUGGCGACUGGAGAGGCAGUGGGAGGUGAGGGCGGGGACGGGGGUGAGGAGUUUUUGGUAGAACGUGCAGACACGCGGAAUAACGUACAGCCAGGGUCUAGGCGGGACUCCAAAUCAGAACCAGGACCAAGCAGGCAUCCUCCUGCUGCUUCGUCAUCUUCUUCUUCCUCAGCUGCUGCACAUGGAGUCAACUAGCUGUCCUUUACUUUCACUCUGCAACUGUUUUGCCUUCCUCUGAGGUGAGCUGAAUACAAAUGGGGAUGCAGAAUGGUGCAGGUCACCAUUUGUGCUGACAGGAGAAGCACAUCUUGAGCACAAGGCUCUCCGCUGGAGCGACCAAGAUUUAACCCAGAAUUUUGGGAUGAAGGUAAACCAUAUUUAUUCUGACCAAUCACAAAGGAUGUGUGACUUAACAAAAGAGGGCUUGAUCCGGUAGAAGAUGUGAGGUAAGCCUAUGGCAGUGUGGAUAAGAGCACAUUUGGAGAUGAAUAGUUGUAUAUCAAAGAUUAGAGUUCCAGUAUUCAAUCGUAGUACGUUAAUCAGAGACUGAGUUUUACAAUGAAAAGCACAUUGUGUCCUCCAGCUCUGGAGGUGGAUUGCACCGCAGAAAGCAAAGAUUAACACUUAAUUUAUGAAGUCCAGUGUUGAUACUCAACUAUCAGGUGAACAAAAGGUGUUCAACUUUUAAACCUAGCCAUAUUACAAACCAUAAUCACAAGAUUAACCUUAACACAGACGUUAAAUAUCUGACUUUUCAUGCUGCUGCGAGUAUCAUUGGAAAUCUAGUUGAUAUUGCAGUCAUUGGAUAGAAAACGGAGUGUCAUUAUUGGACUGUCUAGAUAAAGUGUGAUGGAAAGUGUGAUGUUAGCUCUCACACACAUAAACAGAGGCAACUUUUUUUUUUUUUUGAGAGUAAUAUUUCACUCUGGUGUGACAUUGACUUUCACCACCAGCAUCAGCAAUAAGCAGACGCAACAGUGUAGAAGAUACAGCAUGAAACAACCUUAAAACCAUUCACCAGCCGCCUUCAGCAACCAGCAGGAAACAAAGGACGUUCAAUUUAAACCUGCAUUAAGCUGUAUUUUUUUGAUUUAGUACAAUGACUGUGUGUAAUGUAAAAAAACAACAUGAAACUCUGCAGCUCUACUACUUUAGUUGCUUUUAGUAUCUUGUUUUGGUUCUUUAGCUGCACACAGACUGUACGGCUCACAGCUCUAAUCAACUUCUCCGUAUGAAACCAUCUAGAGGUGUUGAUUAAAGCUGGAUAUGUUUUCAUUAUAUCAUGACUUUUCCCCCUAAUAUUAUGACUUUAAUCUUGAAGUUUUAUUACUUUUCUUUCUUGAGAUAUUAAAACUUGUUCUCGCAAUAAUAUGACAAUCUUGAGAAAUUAUUACUUUCUUUUCAAAAUGUUCUGACUUUUUCUUGUAAAAUUAUGACUUAAUUUAAGUUUUUCUCAUAAUAUUCUCACUUUAAUCUUGAAAUCUCCCUUUUUUGUCUCCUAACAGUGGCCCUAAUAAUCACCUGAAGCAAAUGCGUGACUAGUAACCAGAGAAAGAUGGAUGAAUCGGCUGGUACAAAACAUUAUGUGUUAAUGUAAAGAAACAAGAACAUAUCACCCAAUAUAUUUAAGUAGUUAAAUAUUGAUAUUCAUAUCAGCCUCAAAAACCCAGAAUCAGUUGGUCUAUGUAACUAUAAAUACACUGUAUAAAAACAAAUACAGAUGUUCACUGUGUGGUCGACUGAACAUACUGCACUGUCACAGUGAGCAAUAUUCCUCUUCACAUUCACCGAGCAGUACUGACAAGUCCCUUUAAAGAGAAAGUAACAAAUUUAUGACCAUGAAAUUGCUAGAUUUGUCAAUAGGCUCUGUUUUUUUUUUGCAAAUAAAGCUGCAGAAGUGGCCUAAAAAGUCACUAAAUCUAGCGGGAAAGUUGCUAAGUUGUUUUUGGAGUCUUUAUGUCCCCUUAAGGUGAAAAAUUUGCUUAAUGCAGCUUUAAUAUUUGACAUUUAAAAACACUGGUUGUCUUCUCUGAAAUGACCUGCUGUGAAUACAAAAGCAGAAUCAGCUUUAAUUCAGUAACAAGGACAAAGGCGAUAUGAUAAUAGACACCAUUUCUAAGACAGUGCAAUAAGAUAUGUAGUCGAGAGAGGUAGGAGGGAAUGAUAAGAGGAGGGAGACGGAGAGGUACAGAAGUGAAAUGAGUCACUGUUGAGAGCGUGACACACAUUACCCAGAAAGCAUUGCAUCAGCUGUCCAAGAGCCCUUCUACUCUCUUACCUGAUUUGAUGUUGUUACUCAGUAAUAAUUUUUGUCCUCUACU